AUGAGGUUCUCCGCCAACGUUGCCUCUCUGGGGCUUGGCCUCCUGGCUUCCACAGCCUGCGUUGCCGCCGCUAACGCCGAACCUGCGACUCCCCAGAUCGACGAGGAUGCUUUCGUCAAGGGAGCAUACAUCGUCGAGUUCAACGACAAUCAAGAUCCCACGGGUCUUUACGAUGAACUCCGAUCUGACGGCAUUUCCGUCGUUCCCCGCCUUGAUCUCAAGUACCGCCUGUUCAACGGCGCGUCUUUCCGCGUUGAGGAUGACAACGAGCCCGAUGUCACGGCCGGAAAGAUUGCCGAGAAGGUCAGCGUCAAGGGUGUUUGGCCUGUGCGAAAGAUCCAGAUGCCGAAGCUGAACCCCAGCUCCAUCGGCCGCAACGGCACUGCCACCGGUGAUGCGUUGCUGAGAUCCAUCAAGUACCGACGCGAUGAGGCUGCGAAAGACACGUACAGCACGCAUGUCAUGACGCAGGUUGACAAGCUGCGCGAGGCUGGUUUCACGGGCAAGGGCAUCAAAGUCGCCAUUGUCGAUACUGGUGUUGAUUACAGACACCCGGCUCUCGGGGGUGGCUUCGGCGAGGGCUUCCCCGUGGGCUACGGCUGGGACUUGACGGGCGAUGACUAUGGCGAGAGAUCCGAGGCACCCACGCCUGAUGCUGACCCCAUCGAUACCUGCCAGGGUCAUGGAACCCACGUCGCCGGUAUCAUCAUGGCCCAGGAGAACGAGCUCGGCUUCACCGGUGCCGCGCCGGACGUCACCCUCGGCGCCUACAAGGUCAGCGGCUGCCCGGGCUACACCACCAGCGAGAUUCUGGUCUCCGCUUUCUACAAGGCCUACGAGGAUGGCAGCGAUGUCAUCUCGUGCUCUGCUGGCGACGACUCUGGCUGGACUGCCGACGCGGCUGCUGUUGCUGUCUCGCGUAUUGCUGAGGCUGGUGUUCCCGUUGUUGUCGCUGCUAGCAACUCCGGAAACCUGGGAGUUUGGGCUGUGGCUUCCCCUGCUUCUGGCAAGGCCGUCGCUGCCAUUGGCUCUGCCGACAACACCAUCUUGCCGAACUUGAUGACCCGCGGCUCUUUCAAGAAUGAGACCGCCGAUUUUCCCUUUGGGUGGCAGGCUAGCACGCCAGUUGUGACUACCAACGUCACGCUCAGACUAUGGAUUGGAGGCGCCAACAACACUGCCUGUGAACCACUUGCCGAGGACAUCGACUUGACGGAUACGGUCCCGUUGCUGAACAUGGACGGCUGCCAGUCUGACACUCAAGCUCAAAAUGUUCUGGACCGUGGUGCCAAGCAUAUCCUCUUCUUCCCCGAGAACGAAUCCAGAAUGUAUCCGCCGUAUGUGUACGUCGACGGCAUCCUCGGCAUCGGCAUGGUCGUGCCCCGUCAGGCCCGCGAGUGGAUCGCCAACCCGGAGAACAUCACCGUCUCUUUCGGACCACCGAGCACGUCCGGUCUCUUCGCAGAGUCCCUCAGCAAUGGUGUCGCUGCCGGUUACACCAGCCCUUUCUCUAGCUAUGGACCGUCAUAUGAGCUUAACAUCAAGCCCCAGUUCAUCGCCCCAGGAGGUGGUAUUCUCUCCACCUGGACCUGGGACCAAGGACAGUACAUGGUGAACCCCGGUACCAGUAUGAGCACGCCGUUUGUAGCCGCAGUAUACGCCCUUGUCGGUCAAGUCCGCGGUACCUUCGACCAGGAAACUCUCAAAUCAGUCAUUUCUGCUACUGCUCAGACUAAGGGCUGGGUCGACGGUACCACCGCCCGUGACGAUAUCCUAGCUCCCGUUGCUCAGCAGGGCGCCGGUCUGGUACAAGCCUGGGACGCUGCUCAUGCGACUACGAUCCUGAGCUCCUCUGGCAUCUCCUUCAAUGACACGGACAACUUCAUCGGCGAGCACACCUUCAGCGUCAAGAACACGGCUUCGGAGGAGGUCACUUACAAGCUCGGCCACGCCAAGUCUAUCACAGUCUACACUUUCACUCCCGGUGAAGUUCAGCUGAACGUCGCUCGCGCCCCGCCACCGACGUCUGAAGCCUCGGCUGAGAUCACGUUCGCCGCCGACUCUCUCACCGUCCCCGCUGGGGGCAGUGCCGACGUCAGCUUCACCGCCGUGCCGCCCACCGGUCUCAACGCCACUCUGCUCCCUGUAUACAGCGGCUACAUCACUCUCGAGGGAAGCAAUGGAGAGACGCUGUCUGUGCCAUACCUUGGUGUUGGCGGCAGCAUGCACGACGUGCCCGUCUUGGUUCCCGGCAUUGGCCUCAACGGCGUUUACCUCUCUUCGACCGAGAACCACUUCCUUAUCCCCGUGAACGCCAACCGGACCUUCACCAUCCCUCGCCCCGGUACCACCGGCACUGCCAUCUACCCCAAGAUGGUCGUUACUCCCACCCUCGGCACCACACAGUUGCACGUCGAGCUUGUUGCAAUUGGUUCCACCGGUAACUCGACGCUCAAGGUUGUUGAUCACCUGGGAUAUCCCACCCUUGGCCCCGUGCCGGACUCCCCCAUCAUCCAUGCUCAUCGGUUUGGAUACACCUGGAACUUCGGUGGAUUCCUAGCUGAUAGGACUAUUGUGCCCGAGGGCACGUACAAGUUCAUCGCUCGUGGCCUCAAGCACUUUGGCGAUGAGACAAAAGAUGAAGACUGGGAUGUGGUUGAGACUGUUCCGUUCAACCUCAAGUACCUGGCUUAG